UUAUUUAAUUAAUAUAGUUUAUUGAUUACAUUAAAACUCACUUAUCUAAUAGGGGUAAAUUUGGAAGAAAACAUAAAUAUUUCCUUGAUUACGUAAGUGGACCCUUAAUUUGAAUUUAAAAAAAGGCUAAGUGGACACUUAUUUUGAAUCGGAGGGAGUAUGUCGAACAAAUUACUUUGUUUUAACUCUAGCUUUGUUAUCAAUUGUGAGCGAUUGGAUGUAUUGAUGGAUUGCAGUGGACCGCCUAGGUUUGAGGGAGAUAGACCAAGGUUUGGUGACAGGGAUGGUUAUCGUGCUGGUCCAAGAGGUCCACUGGGUGAGUUUGGCGGUGACAAGGGUGGAGCUCCAGCUGACUACCAGCCUGCAUUCAGGAGCCCAGAUUAGUAUCUUUUCUCUGCUACUUCAUUUGUUCACCAUUGAGUUCUUCCAGUCUCUUUCUUCUUUAAACUUAGCGACUCUACAGACACAGUCUGAUCAAAUAGCCAACAUAUUACAGAAUCCCGAGAAUGACAUCCCAAUUCAAGAUAUUAGAAAAUUCCAGCAAUGCAGAAUCCAUGUUCACACUCCUAAACUACAUAUUGACUAUCGCAUUAGAAACUGGCGUAAAACAACUAAUUGAUCCAUCUUUAAUAACUUCAAUAUGAGUUUGCUUCCCCAAAUGUAGAGAUGGUAAGUUUGAACAUUUUCAGAAAAUCAUAUUUUUCAGUUGUACUUAUAUUCAUCCAAUUAACAGAUGUUGGUA